UCAUAGCGCCAGACGUGUUCAGGCGGCGUAACCAUGGAGAGACGUUGGCCAAUGGCAGAGAGGACCGUGAAUAGGGUGAGAGCAACCAGCUCUCGAGGAGAGCAGAGUGCAGUGGCCAGAGGAGGUUGAAGAGCUCUAGCUAGGUUGGUGGUUGGACUGUUGAUGUAAACGGUGGUAGUACUUAAGCUGCCACCAAACUUCUCUCCUGCCAUUAAAGAUCAUGGAAGAUUCACGGAGUGAACAACAGCGGAUGUUACGACGCCACUACCGCGAGAAGAAAGAGCUACAGGCCCGCAUUCAGUUCAUGAAGAGUUCGGUCCCCAAGACCGACAAGAAGAAAAGAAAGCAGUUGAAUCUCGAGGUGGCCCGCCUUGAGGCCGAGAUGGAGCAGAAGCACCAGCAGGAGCUGGAGAAGUUGCAAGAGAGUUUCCCUAAUAUCAUCAUCAUUGAUUCUGUCACUGAAGAUCUAGCCAAGAUGAAUCUCGAGAACCAGCCUCCGGGCUUCUCCAGGGCACAGAGAAAGCGCGAAAGAAGGGCAGCCCUCGAGAGGGCACGCCAGGAGAGCUUUGCGGAGGUUGACAUGGAGUGUCUGGCCAGCUUCCGCCAAGACGAGGAAGAGAAGCUCACCGGCAUCCUGGAGGCCAAGCAUCUAGAGAUGAAGGCUAUGCCAACUGAUAGCCACUGCAUGUAUCGUGCCAUCCAAGACCAGCUGGUGUUCUCCGUGACCGUGGAGAGCCUGCGGAGCCGCACCGCCGAAUACAUGCGGAAGCACAUCGAUGAUUUCUUGCCUUUCUUCAGCCACCUCGCACCCGGUGACGCCUACAGCCGCGACUACUUCUUGAGCUACUGCGACGACAUCGUGGGCAGUGCAUCGUGGGGAAGCCAGCUGGAGCUGAGGGCCCUGUCACACGUCCUGCAGACCCCCAUCGAGGUGAUCCAGGCCGACUCGCCAGCCAUCGUCAUUGGAGAGGAGUACACCAAGAAGCCGCUAAUCCUGGUCUACGUGCGCUACUCCUGCAACUUCGGGGCGCACUUCAACUCCGUGAAGCCGCAGGAGGCCGGCGCCGCUGGGGGCGCAGCCCCUCGUCUCUUCUAGGCCCGCCUUUGCCAUCGCUGUGGCCGUUGCCACCGGAGCCAAAGCCGCCGCUACCGCGUCUCCUCAGUAGGCUCUGUUUUCUUUUUUCCUUCGGUUUUCUUUCUUUCUUUUUUUUUUUUUUUCCUUCAUUUUACUCAGAGCUCACCCCCUCUCUCUCUGCCCUCCACCCCCUACCUACCCACCUCGCUCUUCCAUCCCCUACCAAGAGAUCUGUAUAGUCCUCUCUGAGGGGAGUGUGUUUGCCAAGUUUUCACCACUUCUGGCCCUGAAGGGUCUCUCUCCCCACACCCCACCGUGAGAAUUGGUCUUGUUGCAAAUAACUUUGAGGUUCAAAAAAUGGCAACUUGGUUUGAUGCUUUCUUCACCUGGGUGGGGGGAAAUCAGUUUAGCUCAGAAUCUUCCCGUUGUCCUGUAAAUGUAUUAAUUACUUAAAGGAGCUGAUGUGAUCAAAAUGAUUUGUUUUGAGAAUAACUUUUGCUUAGUUCUUUGGGGAAAAAUGUACUGUGGGCUGUUGGAGGGGGUUGAUUUUCCCUUUAUCUGGGCUACUCAGGAGAUGUCUCAAGCUACAAACAAGACCUCCUCUAGUAUUUUGCUUUGUUUUUUCAUAAAACCUUGUGUGGUUGCAAAUUAAUUGUCGUUUAGAUGUUUGCUGAAUUCUAAAUAAUAGCAUUUGUUAAAUUUAGAAGUUAAAUGUAAGCAUUAAAUAUAGAAAAUAGAUUUACCUAAACUGAUAAGCGCUCUAAGAUGUGACAGAUCUCAAUUUAAUUUCCUUUAUUAAUGACAGGAAAGGAUGUGACUUUAUUCAAGUAGUUGAUCCAUUUUAUUAUAUCUGCAAUUGGUGUGAAGUAAAAACAGACAAACUGAUAGGUAGCUUAACUUACUGUGAGGGGUGAGAUCUGAACUAGUAAGUUUCCUUUAUUCUCAGACAUAAGAGGGUAUAACUUUAUUCAAGUAGUUGGUCUGCUUUGUUCUAUCUACAACCGGUAUGAAGUGUGAAAGAUCUGAACUUAGUAAUUUUCCUUAAUUCUUAGAGAUAACAAGUAUUUUAAAAGAUUUUAAACUAUUCAAGUAGUUGAUUAUUGUUAAAUCUGCAACUGGUAUGAAGCAAAAAAAAGUGAGCAAUAUACUUUUGUUGAUAUUUGAGACAUGUUGUUAUCUUGAAUUUGCCAAAAAAUAGUUAAAGUGAAAAAAAAAAUAACCUUUACAUCCUGUAUUUCAGUGAGAUUACUUACAUUCAUUUAAGAAUUGUUUGUACACAUCAGAUUUCUAAAAUAAAAUAUAUAACAUCAGAAAAUGUAUGCUAUGUGUUUAAAGAAUAAAAGCAGUUUAAAAAUA